AUGUCUAUGUGGAAGGUUUUAAUAACUGGAAAAAAAGCUGUUGAAAGGUUUAAUAUGCACGAAAAUUCAGAAUUGCACAAAACUAAUGUAGUUAAAAACUCUUUUAUUAAAAGAAAUGCAAAUAUAUAUGCACAAAUAUCGGAUAGUCAUAAAAAGUCUAUGGAAGAAUCUAGAUUAGCUCUUGAUAAAAUAAUAUCUUCAGUAUUUUUUUUGGCAAAACAAGGCUUAGCAUUAAGAGGGCAUACAGACGAAUCUGCAAAUUUAAAUCAGUUAUUAAAACUUCGAUCGGAAGAUUCGACUGAAUUGAAUAACUGGUUAGGUAGAACAAAAUAUAAGUGGAUUUCUCACGAUAUAAUUAAUGAAAUUCUUAGCAUGCUGUCAUUAGAAGUCAUUAGAAAUAUUAUCAAACAAAUUAAAGAAAACACAUUUUAUGCCAUUUUAUUAGACGAAACUAGUGAUAUUACUGUCAAAGAACAAAUUUCGUUUUGUUUAAGAACAGUGGACAAAGAAUCGUUGGAAAUCGAAGAAUAUUUUAUGGGUUUUUACGAAACGCCUAAAACAGAUUCUGAUACUCUUUUCAAAAUUCUGAAAGAUAUUUUGUGUAGAUUGGAAUUAGAUUUUUAUAAUAUUAGAGGACAAUGUUUUGAUGGUGCUAGCAAUGUUUCUGGAAUUCAUAAAGGAUUACAAGCUAGAAUAAAAGAAAUUGAACCAAGAGCAUUGUUUGUUCACUGUCAAGCUCAUUCUUUAAAUCUUGUUACCCAAGAUAGUAUGCGAAAUAGACUAUCUUGGUUUAAAACGAAUCAAAAAGACGAAAAUAUGACAUCUCUAAGACCAUUUUGUCCUACUAGAUGGACGUUACGAUAUGCUUCUCUGUGCUCUGUUAUGGAUAACUACAAUGAGCUAUUGACAUUUUUGUCAGAUUUUUCAAAAACUGAACACAAUGAUGCAGGUUCAAAGGCAAAUGGAUUUUUCAAACAAUUAAAAACUGCAGAUACGUAUAUAAUGCUUAAAAUAGUGAUAAGUAUUUUUAAACACAUGGAGACUACAAAUACAGUAUUGCAAAGUAAAUCAUUAGAUUUUAAACUUUCUGUUCAAAUUUUGAAUACUUUAGAAGAUACUAUUUCAAAUUUGAGAGAUACAUUUCACAUUUUAUGGAAAUCUGCAAAGAAAGAAUGGUCAGAUUUAAAAUUAGAUGCACCAAAGGAAUCUAGAAAACGAAAAAAACCUCAAAAAUAUGAAGACGGAGUAACGAAGUCCUUUGAAUUUUCACCUGAAAGUAAAUAUAAUCAAAUAUAUAAAGAAAUCAUUGAUCAUAUACUUUCUGGCUUACAACUAAGAUUUAACUCUGAAAUUCGAUCAUUUUUAUGUAAUGUGGAAAUGUUUUUAAUUGAUCCAAAAAUAUCUCCCGAAAUAAUAUGUACAUUUUACAAGGAUGAUAUAAAUAUUGAUAAGCUAAAACUUCAUAGAGAUAUGUUUCAUGAUAUAAUUAAAGGCCAAGGAUUAAUUGUUUCAUCAUUCGCAGAUAUAUUAAAUAUUUUUAAAAAUAAAUCGUAUUUAGUCAUUCAUUUAACAGAGCUCAGGAAAUGCAUACAAUUGAUAUUAACAGUACCAGUUACUACAUGUACUACCGAACGAUCUUUUUCUAUGUUGAGGAGGUUAAAAACUUAUACCAGAAUUGCAGGUAUGUUAGAAAUUAACAGAUUUAAAACGUUGAUGAUAAGGUUGCAAACACCGGACAUUAGCAGUACCAGGGACAUCACAUUAACGCAAAUUCAACAUUCAAAUUAA